CACAGGCACUUCCAGGACCGCGCCGACUCCCCCGCCAACACACUUCUGGAGGCGUGGGACUGUUGAGCGUUCAUUGGCUAGAACAUUAUUACGCAUCCAGACUUGUAAAGACUGAUUGGCUGGAUGAACUGAAACGCUUCAGAGCGCCAGAAAACAAUCUUUAGCGGGUGUUCUUCUAACUUCUGAUCAGUAGUAGAGUAAUGCCAUUGCAUGCAUUAGGAGAGGGAUUGGGACCUGGUAAUAAGUUGGCAUUUUUUAAGUCUCUUUUAAUCACAGAGAGGAAGAGAGAACAUGUUAAUUGGAAGAAACGAAUAACCUACCACAAACUGUAGAUUCUUUAGCUGCCUAACGUUAGUUACUGUACUUGCAAUAUAUAGUUAUUGUAUCAGAAUAGCUAAGGGAAAAUAACUAACCAAGGUAUUAUAGAUGGACACUGAAUGUUUAACUUUACGGGAUCUCAAGAGUGUAACGUCAAGAAAGAGUACAAGGGACAUGGAUGACGAGGAGGGAAGUCUUGAUCAGAAGGAGAACAUCUGUGCGGAGCGCAGGAAGGUGACACCGCACAAGAGUGACCCGGGCUCGGCGGCACUGGGCGGCAGGAAGGGCCUGACCCCGGAGCGGGCCAACGUCACCCCCAUCAAGCCCCCGGACCGGGCCCUGCCUGAGCCCUGGACCCCCACCACCAACCUGAAGGUGCUGUUCAGCGCCAUCAGCCCCGACAUCCGGGACCGCGAGAUGAAGAAGAUCCUGUUCCGGCCCAUUGAGAACGGGUGCGAGGAAGAGGAGGAGGCGGUGACGCCGGAGGACCCGGGACAGUUCGACGCGGCGGACGACGGCGUGGACGAGUUCGAGAAGCAGAAAGGAAGCAGGAAGCAGAAGAGCCUGGGCCUGCUGUGCCAGAAGUUCCUCUCGCUCUACCCAGACUACCCGGCGGCGUCCGAGAUGACCAGCAUCUCCCUGGACGAGGUGGCCUCCAGCCUGGGCGUGGAGCGGAGGCGGAUCUACGACAUUGUGAACGUGCUGGAGUCUCUGAUGCUGGUGAGCCGCGUGGCGAAGAACCACUACCUGUGGCACGGGCGCAAGCAGCUGCGGCAGACGCUGCGGGGUCUGCAGGGCCUGGGCGCGCAGCAGGGCUACCGGCUGCAGAUGGAGCAGCUGCGCGACUGCAAGCGCAGGCCGUCUGCGCAGCCGGCCGAGGAGAGCGCAGACGCAGACGCGGGCUCCGGGGCGGCCAACCGGCGGAAGGAGAAGUCGCUGCGGAUCAUGAGCCAGAAGUUCGUCAUGCUGUUCCUGGUGUCGGAGACGCUGACCGUCACCCUCGACGUCGCCGCCAAAAUCCUGAUCGAGGAGAGCCAGGACACCGCCAGCCACAGCAAGUACAAAACGAAGGUCCGGCGGCUGUACGACAUCGCCAACGUGCUGACCAGCCUGGGGCUCAUUCAGAAGGUCCACGUCAAGGAGGAGCGGGGGAGGAAGCCGGCCUUCAAGUGGAUCGGCCCGGCCGAGUUCCAAACCGGAGAUGAUCUGGAGGCUGUGGCAGCAGUUUCACUCCCAGAGUUCCCGGAGGAAGUGCCGACGGGCGUUUCCUGCGGCGGGAGGCAGAGGCUGGCUCGCCACGCCUCUUUCAACGUGGUGCCCGCCUCCGUCAUCGCCCAGCGAAGAGUUAGCUCCGCCCCCAGCAGCCCUCGCAGGGAACUGACAGGUAAAGUCUCCGAGCCCGUGGAUUAUUCCAGAAGGACCGGGAGCAGCAGCGCUGUGUGCCGGCUGCAGUUCGGAGACGACGUCGGAGCUCAGCUGAGUGGGGGGCCAAAGACCGUCGCCCCAAAAAGCCACCCGGUGAGCCCUGUGCUCGCCCCUCUGGCCGUACCCGUCCAUCAAGAGGCCCCCUACAGGCCCCACCCCUUGCUCUGCCCCGAAACGCUGCUACCUCGCUUCUACACCGGCACGGCCCAAACCUUCGGCCCCGCCCCUCCCACGGCCGCCACCCCGCCCAGGGACGAGCGGGAGCCCCGCCCCCAGCCCCACGCGCCGCUGUACAUCCCCAACCUGCCGCAGGCGUCCGUGCUCAUGCUGUGCGGCGGCGCCGCGACGCUCGGCCAGGGUCAGAGGUCACCCGCGUCCAGCGGGGAGGGAAUGCUGGGAAAGAGGAAGAUGGAGGAGGAGGAGGAAGGACACGGGAUUAAGAGGGACAGGGUGGAGCCUUGUCAUCAGAAGGGAGGGGACAGGGACGGUGAGCCCGAGGGUUCCCCGAAGGCCUCCAGCCCCGGGACGUUCGCGUACGACGGCUCACGGCACCCCGCGACGCAGCUGCAGGAGGAGGCCCCGCCCAGGCCGCUCAGAGACGCCCCCCCGCCCUCGCACUACCUCUACGUCCCCAACUCCGCAGGCCUGAACGGUUUGAACUUCCUGCUGUCCCCCGGACACGCCCCCGGCGGGCUGGCUCUGUCCCAGGGGGGCCUGUCGGCUCUCGCCCUCCCCUACGUCCUGGUGCCCACCGCGGCCCUCUCCGCCUACCCCCUCCUCGCCAGCGGGGUCCCGGGGGCGUGCGGCGGUGGCGACGCCCAGGGCGGCAAGAUCAGCUUCGGCGUGCCGGCGCAGUUCGUGGUGGGGGGCGGCUCCUUCGCCGUCUCGGGGGCGGCGGGGUUCGGGGGACCCCACCCGGAGCAGGCCGCUCAGACGGACCCCCCGCGGGAGCCCGGCCAGCCUCCCGCGUUCCUCAAAAUGGAGCCUCAGACGCCGCUGACCCCGAAGGAAGUCGGCCUCGCCACCUCUCAGGCAUUUUUCCAAACGCCGGGGACCCUGAAUGCUGCCAGCCCCCCCGCCGCCCGCCGACGGGGCUCCGCCCAAAGGAGGCUGGACGUCGGGCUCCCGCCGGCCAAUUAGGAGCCGAGCUGAAUGCCGGCGUGCCUCUUCCCAGAAGCUCCGGCUGCGGUUUUUCGAUGAGGCCCAGAGAAUGUAGUUACAGCCCACUCUCGCUCCUGAAUGGGCGUUUGUUGCACCUGAACAGCGUAGUUCGUAGGACAGCCUGGGUCAACUUCAGCCGCACCCGGGAGUUUUGCCUUUUUCUAAUCAAGUACUAUUGCUUCCUACUGCAGCUGCGCUGGCUGAUUUCUUGCCGCAGGUGCUAUUUUUUUUCGUAAUUACUGUACAUAUUUUCUAAGAUUUUGGUACGUAACUAAGAAAACCACGGGGGGACACGUUACUGAAGUGCGUUGAGUGGACUCUAUGCUGUCUGCAGGGGCCCUUCCAAGUGAUCGGUGUUUGUUGCACUGCCCCCUAGUGGAAGAUUCCUGCCCUGACGGAGAUGAAAUGGCUACCUGGGUAAUUCUGCAUUGCCCCUCAAUAGAAACAUCCCAAAAUUAUUUAUGUGUUUGUUAAACUGUGCAAAGGAGUCGGGCGGAUCGUUUUUUUAAAAAUGCUAUGUUUUAACGACUUGAAGAUGUGAUCUCUUCCAUCAAAUUCGAUAGCACUAAGUAUUUCUAACGUUUGCAUGCGAUUUUAUGAAUGUGUCUUGAUAGGUCAUACUGUGGCAGUUCAGUGUAUGUAUAGGUUAUAAUAGGAAAAUUGCUACUUUCUUAUUUUUAAAAAAAGUAUGUUUGAUCACAGGAAACAGUAAAAUAUGUACACAAGCAAUCUUCCCAGGAUGCAUUUCACAUGGUGCUCUUAAUGUUUACACCGGGCGGUGUCGCCCGCUCGCCCCCCCCCCCAGUGGUGAGAGAGCGAGUGCGAGUGCCGCUUUAGAGAACUGGAAGAACUCCAGCCGCUGCUGCCUGAAAGAAUGAGCAGCAUUCGCUGUGAAGCCUGUCGUCUGUGCCUUUAAUGGAGAGGGAGAGGGAGGGAGAGAGAGGGAGGGAGGAGAAAGAGGGAGAGGGAGGGAGAGAGAAAGAGAGAAGGAGAGUGACAUAAAGAAAUAGAGGGAGGGGGAGAGAAAGAGAGAGGGGGGAGAGAGAGAGAGGGAGAGUGACAGACAAAGAAAAAGAGGGAGGGAGAGAGAAUGGUGUGUGGAGGUCUACUAACCAAAAGUCCAAGGAGGAGGUUGAUUAUAAGAGCUUGAUUAAAAUGAGAGAGGCUGCUGGUUUGUGGACAGGUGGCAUGGUUACACAAAAGGUCCCAUUUUCAUAUUCCUGUUGUUAGCUUGAAUGUUGUUUUGAAUGACGCUAUAACACUAUUUCAUUCUGCGUAGAACUUGGAUAGCAUGUGAAAUUGUGAAAGUAAUGCUGUGAAAGUUGUAGUGAAUGAUUUCAGGUUUGUAGGAAGUGAAUGGUUCAUCUUUGCACAGUUCUGCAACUUGAAAUGUUUUCUGGGAAAUGUACGUAUAUUCCUGGUGUAUCCCUGAUAAUUAUUUCUAAACGCUAAAUACUUGCACCUACCUGCAGCAGUCUUUUGGGUAUGAAAUUAUGCUCUUAAGGUAUUACAUAAUGCUGUUUUGGCUUGGUUUUCCAUUUUCAGUUUUUUAAAAUUUUAGGUGUGCAAGUUGAGCAAAAUUGCAAUAGCUUUAGUAUUUACUGGAAGACAUCUUCCUCUGUCAGGCUGAAAUAUGCCUCUUUAAGGUUGUAGUAUUAGGCACAUAACUGUCUGAAUUUCAAUUUUUUUUUU